AUGGGGUAAUCAUCUAAAUGCUCUAUCUUCUGUGAUAACCAGAGUUUCUCAACUUGUUUAGAUGGGAAUAAUCAAUCUGAGGACUGGUGUGAUGAGAAUUGCCAAGUAAAAAAAGGUUAUACUUGCUUGUCGCUAGACAAUAAAGAAAUGCACUGUCAAAAGAAAUAAAAAUCUGAGUAAAAUCCAGCUUUGAAUCCUGUUUGUGGUAAUGGCAUGUUAGAAAUGUUUGAAGAGUGCGAUGAUUUUAACAGCUUUUCGACUGAUGGUUGCGAUAGUUCUUGUAGAAUUGAGCUGGGCUUUACGGCAAUAAUCGAGCCAAACAUUUAAUAAAUAUUUUAGAAAUAAUGCGAAUUAAGGGAAGGAAUUUGUUUGGACUAAAAUAAAAUUGACGAUGAUGGUUGUGAUAGCAGUUGCUUGACUGAGUAAAAUAAGUACUGCAUUUAUGAAAAAAUAAAGGGUGAUUUCAAAUGUUAUAAUCGAGAAGUAUAGAUAUUUUUAUUAUAAUAUGAUUUAUUUUAGUCAAAGUUUUAAGAAUCAGUUGACAAUAUUUAAAACACUGGCUCAGAAUAUAAUGAUGGUGGAGAUGAGAUUUAAUGUAGAGGAAUGAAAUUAUAUCCUGAUGGAUCUUGCCCACCCUGCCAAUAGGUGAGAAAAGCUUUUACUGACUAUAAUAAUGAAGAGUAAACUUAAACAGGAAUGAGAGACCUUUAGCUCAAAGCAACAAAUGAUCUAUUAAUAAUAAUGACUCCCUCCUUGCCUAACCACUGUUCCUUUCCAGGCAUUUCUCCUAAGUUGAAUACAAUUCACUUUUAAGUUUAAUAAAAGAAUAGAAACUCCCUUACAGGAAUGCUUUUAGAUUCUGAAUACAAAUAAAUCUCUACAUUCGACGGGGAUGAUCAAAACAGUGUAAAUAAUGCACUUUGUGAUGGUUCAUGGACUUAGGCAGGAUUUUUAUAAUAAAUCAAUCCAGAUUAUGUUGAAUAUUCAGGAUAUUUUGAAAGUAUUGUUGGAAUUGCUCUUAAUGGAGUUCCUAUUCAUACUGGAAAUUCUGAAUACGGCUCUGAUGUAUUCUAUCCUAAGUAAUUCGGAAAAAAAAUUUAUUCUAACAAAAAAAUUAAGCUUGACUCUUGUCUUGGAAGUGCUGAGUAUUCUGGAUAUUAUCACUAUUAUGGUUGGUCUCCUUGCAUACUACCAUCUGGGCCUAUUAAGUGCAUAGAUGGACAGAUAUGCGAUAAUAUACCAAAAUGUAAAGAAGAUAAGUUAGCAUAUGCAUUAUCCUUCAUGUAAAUUCACGAAAAGACUAUAAUGGUAAUUGGAAUAGCAAGAGAUGGCCAUUCAAUUUUAGGGCCCUACAAAAGAGAUGGAACUUUAUGGUAGCCCUGUGAUAUUGAUCUCUGUAAUGGAGUUGAAAUAGCAGGAAUUUAUUAUUAUGUAACUACAAUGUUCCAUCCUUACACAGUUGGAUGUUGGGGACCUGGACCUAAUAAAACUGUAUCUUAAGAAUGUUCAAAUAAUGUGAAGAUGUGUUCAAGUGGUUCAUUAUUAAAAUCAUGGAUGGAAAUGAUUUUACUUGCUUCCAUUUUAGUUUACACCAUAUUAAACUGA